CAGUUUUAUUCGGUUCGUGGAUAAGUAAAGCAGUCAUAACGAAGCCAACGGAAAUCGGUUGUUAAUUUAAAAUUUUUUAAUAAAAAUAAAUAAGAAACACUUAUAAAAUACUUAAAAUUAGGAAAAAUUAGAUUAGAAGAUCAAAAUGAAUCACCUGGCUGCAGCAUUCCUUAUCUAUCUUCAUAUCAUGGACUUUGGCAGCGCCUCGAAACCUGAGCCCUAUUGUAUUCAUAACAUAACCGAAUAUACGUAUGUAAAUGUCACUAAGACCCGUCAGGUUGUUGUCCAAAAGCCUUGGUAUAACAAACUGGGUAAGACGAAAACCAAGUUGGAAGAAUACACGGACACGGAGGCAAGGCCACAUAUUACCCCCUUAAGGGUGUGUUGUGAAGGCUAUAAAAUGUCAGAGCUGCAUUUAUGUGAACCCCAAUGUGUGGAGGGUUGCCCCAAAAAUUCCAAAUGUGUGGAACCCGAGGUCUGCAAAUGCUUACCGGGAUACUUUUCCUCAUUCUCCAAGGAGGAGGGUGUUAAACAUUAUUGUGAGGCAAUUUGCGAGAAACCUUGUGGUGAGAAUUGUCAAUGCAUAAGGCCAAAUGAAUGUGAAUGUGCGUCAAGAGAAAAAAGUAGUGAAGAGUUUAGUACGCCAGAAAUCGAAUCGGAAACAGAAAUAUCAAUUGACAGUGGCACAGAAGAGAGCGAUCAGCUUUUAUCCUCUGAGGAGCCUUUAGAGAGUUCUACUUGGAACAGUGUUGGCAGUGAUAGUUCUGAUAUGAGCGACAACGAAUGUCCCGAUGAUUUUGUGCUUUAUCGUGGUCAGUGUCAACCUUUGAAAUUUGCCAUAGAUGAAAUUGAUUGUCGUGUGGAGCCUUGUGCCGAUCCCCAGGCUAUUUGCCAUGACAAUGGCACCUGCACUUGCCGCGAAGGCUUUAGAAUGCUAAAGAAAGCCUCACAACAAACCCAGCUGGAUGGUGGUGAAGUCACCAGCAGGCAAAUUGUAAAGUCCUUGUGUCUAACCUCGGAAGACUAUCAACUUUUAAUGGCCAUACCUCCAGAAGAUAGCAUCACCAUGCAGGAGGUCGACGUAACUGAGGCAACAGAUGGUGUGGCCAUAUUUUUCAUUGUAUUGGGUGUUUUGACAAUGACGGGAGCCUUAAUUUUUUUGGGCUUACGAUUGGCGAGGGCCAACUCGGGACGCAUGGAAGUGGAAGGCAAACAAUUGGAAUGCGCUUAUGACAGCCGAGGAUGCCGCAUAUCGGAUGCAGAGAAAUCAGUUAUUUAGAAGAGUUUUAGUUUUCUAGAUAAAAUAGCUUUAAUCAAUUAGUUUCCAAAGAUAGAUAUUCAUAAGAUUUGUAAA